UAUGAAUUGAUUGGUCUUAUUAAUGGUCUGUCAGACGGAUUCAGUAUAGAUAUGUUGGACACGAAUGACAACAGCUCUCAGUCAUCGCUGGAAACGGUGAUUGAGUCCAAGAACUCAUCCAAAAGACGUCACGACAACCAAAUGGAUACCAUUUUUGUCACCAAUGAAUCUAAAGUAUCGAUGCGAUCGAAGAAUCCGUUUAGAUAUGAGAAGAGAAUCGAUGAAAAUCGUAGCCAAAGAAGAAGUGUCGGCACAAAGAAAGACAUGAAUUUGACGAGAAAUCUAUUGAAUGAAUUGAUUGACUCGACAUUUGAUAAUCUCAUUCAAACGAUCGAUGAUUUAAGUGAU